AUGUCAGCGCACGGGCACCUGCAGCGGCACUACGUGCCAGUCGCGCUCGCGCACACCGCGCCCGCGCAGAGCGGCUCAGGCAAUCUUGAUAAGUGGCGGGCGUUCGGCCUCGACGCGGGCGUCAUUCGCGGGCAGACGUCCGCCGACGCACCUACGCCCUCCGAGGCGGCGCGAAGUGACACUCACCUGCACCAUGUGGUGGUGGAUGCCGAGGAGGGGGCAGAGAAGGAGAAGAACGAAAAGGAGAGAGAAUUCGCGUCCGCCGUUCACCGGCAGCUGCUGGCGCUCUCGUCGCGUGUCAGAGAGGCGAAAGAAGAGAGGAGCUGCGCUGCACCUCGCCGUGACGUGCGAGGGGAUCACAACCAGAGAGGCAGCAGCAGCAGUGGUGGUGGUGGUGGUGCUGUUCCAGGGAAGCGCAGCAGAGAGUCUGGCGGGAACACGGAGGAACGAGAGCAGCAACAACAACAGCCGUCGAAGCGAGUUGCAGCAGGGAGCGGAAGUCGGUCUGCCGCAAACCGCUCGGAAGAAGAGCAGCAGCAACAGCAAACGCCGAAAAAAAAGAAGAAGCAGGGCGCUCGCAAGGCUCCAACAUCAGCGGCGUCGAAGCGCGCAGUGGAGGAACCGCUGCGACGAACACUGUUCAGCAUGCCCGCCGAUCCGGCACCCGAGUCCUUCCACGCGGCACUGGUGGCCUUCAAGGAGGUAGAUGAUGCAUGCCCGCUCUUCGAAGACCUGCAGGAUGCCCUCAAUGACCCGCAUCGCAUUCAGGCUCCAACACUCUUCGUGGCCUUUGCCACGCAAGAAGGGGAGACGAAUUUUUCCAUCUCCGCGAGUACACAUGGCAAGGUCCACUUUGUGCGGGGAGUGAAUCCUGAACUGGCACAUCUGAAGGUGCAGUCCUUCGUCAUUCGAUGGAACGAUGAUGUGUUUGUGUUUCCUGCUGCCACUGGUUUGAAACUCCUCGUGCGUGUAUUGGAGGAGCUGCCAGGUGUUGAAGUUGUCACCUUCAACGCGCCGUCACUUCUACUUGUGCUCCUAUCGUAUCGACAGGGCAGACUCAGCACCUCCUGCAUCUCAGAUGUGCGUCUCAUGUCAUGGAUGCUGCAGCCCACAGCGGGUGCCGAUGCGUUCACCGACUACGACGUGCUGCUACAGUCGUGCCAGCAACAGAUCAGCCUUCCGGCGGGUUUCAGAAACACGGAUGGACGCACACUCAAGGAGGUCAUCUCCCACCGUGUGUACUACAUGGCACCCCUCUACCGUUCACUCUAUGGGCAACUUGGCACACAAGGGCUCCUCCCGGCUUUCCUCAAACAGGAGAAACGCAUCUCUCUACUCUGCUCGGCGAUGAAACUGAACGGUUUUUUCGUCAAUCUAUCGGAGGUGGAGAUUUUUAAGGCGCGUUGUGCUUCCAAGAUGGAGGAGCUAAGUGUCGUUGCUCAACAGCUUGUUCCAUCCAUGCCAGACUUUAACAUGCAGAACCUUGAUGAGUGCCGAGUGGCACUCUACGAGGUCCUCCACCUUGGCGAGCACCUUACGCACACCGCAGCCGACGGGACCACCGGCUGCACCCUUACGGUGACGAAGAGUGGGAAGCUUUCCACAUCAGAAGAGACACUUCGGCUUCUCGCACCACAUCACAAGCUGCCAAACGUUCUUAUUGCGUACCGCAAGGCGGCGAAGCUGCUGCAAACGUACACUGUUGGCAUGAUGGAGACCGCUGUCCCUGUUGUUGGAGACGACGGGGAGUUCACAGACCGCCGCAUCGGUGCGACUGAGGAGCUGGGCGGCGGUCGGGUCAAGUGGGUGAAGCUGCACCCCAACUUUGUGCAGGAGGGCACUGACACUGGGCGACUUUCGUGUGUGGAGCCGAACCUGCAGAACCUUCCACGCAGCAAAGUCAUUGCAACUGACGACGACAGCAUUGUAUCGCACGAGGCGGAGAUGGCGUCGUUUCGCCGCUGCUUCGCCAUGCCGACUGAUUGGACGCUUCUUUCCGUCGAUUAUGAGCAGAUUGAGCUGCGGGUACUGGCGCACCUGUGUGCGGACGCCGCGCUUGUCGACGCCCUCACCAACGCGACUGACAUUCACCGCGCCAUUGCCGAGACCGUAUUUCGCAAAUCGCCUGUCAGCACCGAGGAGCGUUCGCUUGCGAAGCGCGUUGUGUUCGGAAUGCUCUACGGCGCUGGCCCCCGCACUCUGGCGACGCAGAUGGGCGUGACAAUGGAGGAGGCACUUCGCGUCACCUCGCUCUUCAAGGCGUCGUACCCGCAGAUCGACCGCUACCACCGCCGCGUGGUCGAGCAAUGCCGGGCCGACGGCUUCGUUCGAACACUCAGCGGUCGCAUCCGCUGCCUGCCGGAAAUCAACGACCGCGUUAUGGGGAAGCGGGCGUAUGCCGAGCGUCAGGCAUUCAACACCGUCGUACAGGGGAGUGCUGCGGAUGUGAUGAAGCUCGGCAUGCUCAGCGUGGAGCGUGAUGUGCUGCAACGGCAAGACGGGGAUGUGCGGCUGCUGGCACAAAUACACGACGAGAUUGUUCUAUCGCUUCCGACGCGCAAGCUUCGGGAGGUUGUGCCGCUCGUGUCGCAUGGCAUGACGCACGCCGUGUCGCUGCUAGUGCCGCUGCGUGUGACAGUGAAGGUCGGAUCCUCACUAGGAGAGAUGGAGGAGUGGACCGUCGACCAUGAGCUCGGAAUCCGCCAGCCGGCGUGA